GGCGGCCGUCGUAGUGGCUCGUUCGACCCCGAAGAACACGCCGCCGCGCGCUCCGGUGCGUCAACUACCCAGCGGUGACGCGAUCCCGCGCCAACUUCCCCCCUCGGCUCCUGCGUCACACACCGAACGCGGUGGUGCGCCGUCUCAACCGAGAAACGCCGCCGCGGUCGCGAACACCGGCACAAAACGAGCGCGAGCGAGAAUACCGGCCCCGAAGAACGGGCCAAAAAGAGAGUUGGCCCAGCAGGGCACACGAAAUACCCCGUGCUCCCGCCAAACGGCCCAGGGGAACAUCCGCCGCCCCGGCAGCAGCGGAAAGAGGAGGCAGUGGCAGCGCGGCGCGCCAUUUGUGAGGUGGCGCCCUCUCUGGCUGGAGCCUGCAAGCAGCCAUUGUGAUUACGCCGAAAGGCGGUAAGUGUAUCAUCGUCGCACAUUGUUCGCGGCAGGGCUGACCACCAGCCCUCGGUUGGAUUUUCUUUCUCGUUUCGACCCCUUCCUGUCGCGGGCCAGUGCGUGCCCCCCGUGCACGGCCACACGACGAUGGGUCGCGACGCCAGCGCGAAGCGCUUCGACGUCGAUCUCAAGCUCAAGGUGCUCGCGUACUACGACCAAGUGCGGAACAAAUACAAGGCGGCCAAAAUGUUCGGCGUCAGCGAGUGCUCGGUGAGGAACUGGAUCAAGGAGGAGCACCGGCUGCGCGCCCUGUCGUCCCAGGGUGGAGGCAGCGGCGCCAGAAAGACCACGAACCGCGCCGCCGAGGCCCGGGCCCUGUUCGAGGCGUGCUUGGAACGCUACGUGCUGGGCUGUCAGCAGCGCGGAGUCAAGGCCAGGUACCGCGACUUGCUGGCGCAUGCGGCGCAGCUGAAGAAAGUGCACGGAGUGCGCGGCCUCAAGCUGUCAACCGACUGGGUGGCCAGCUUCGUGCGCGAGCGCCGGCUCGUCAGCAAGUGCGAGAAGCUGUUGACGCACGCCGACACCGCUUCUCCCGCCAACAACAGCACCGGUUCGGCGGCAGUGCGCAAGAAAGGUGCGGCGCCAGCCGCAACUUCGCGUACGGCGGGGGCCAAAGGGUUGCCACGGCCCAAGCACGGCGCUGCUCGGGCCCUUGUCAAGCGUGCCAUGGGUCAGCUAUCAUCCAAGACCGGCAAGACUUCGGCGCCAACCACGUCGAAGCGAAAGGGUCCGACCACCGCGCACGCUGCCAAGCUGCUGCUUCCGGCGAAGCUAAAGUCAAAGGCUUCUUCCACCAAAGGCAACGACGGUAAGGCGAUCAAGAACUUGUCGAAAAAGAAACCGACGAAGAAAGCGGCAAAAAAGGGUAGCGAGCUAAAAAAGAAGACCGUUACGACCAAAUUAAAGAAGGGAGGGAAUAAAACAAAAAAGAAAUUGGCUGCCGCGGCGAAAAAGGGCCCGACAGCAAAGUCGAAGCUGCCGUCUGCCAAAAAGACGGCACCCGCAAAGGCACAGUCGGCCAAGAGUGCAGCUAUUGUAGCAAAGUAUAAGAAGUGUCUGUUGAAGAAAGCUAGCCAGAAGCAGCAGAAGUUAGGGAAGGUGAAAAAUACCAUUGCUUUGAAAAAGAAGGUUCAGACAGAUGCAAAGACUGUAAAGCACAAACAUAAAGUAGUCAGGAAAGCUGACAAGCUUAUGAAGGCAAGCAAAGGCAAACAAUGCUCAAAGACUGCACACAGUAUGGUUGUAGCAAAGAAAAAGGAAAACAAAGAAAAAAACUCAAAGCCCCAGAAAAAAGUAAUGAUCAUAAACAAGGUAGUGAGCAAAAGCUUGAAGAAAGCUAAACAAAUAGUCAACCGUGCCAAAAAGCCUGCAGAAAAAGUUAAGUCACCUUCAAAGCAGUCUGUGCAGAAGGUGAAAAAGGUGCCUGUGAAAAAACUGAGACCGAGGAAGCAACCGAUAAAGGUGUUUCGCACUCGGUAUCGGAUUAAAGAAAUGCACCGGAGGAUUGAAGAGAACAGAGCUUCGGACUUCUUUGAUUUCUUUUAUGGCUUGGGUCUUAUACCAAUCAACAGAGAUUCAGACAGUUCAAACUCCCUCUACAUCCCCUUCAUCACAGGAUCACCAAAGAUAUACAAUAACAAUGAGUUCCUUUGUGACAUUUCAAAGAAGGAGAGCCCACUCAGGCCAAGCACAUCUGACCUAAGUAAUUGUCAGCCCUCGAGUCACACUCAGCUGCCCUCAAAGUACCCCAUCUGGACUCCAGUGAGGACUAGCACGAUCCAUGACCCUUGUUCGUCUCAGAGUGGCAAGCCCUGGCUCACGAGCCCACGUGUGCAUGAGGAGCACAUAAUCACCGACAGAUUCACACAGUCCAAGUCACCAGAGGAUGCUGUCUUUUCCGAGAAGUUUCACAAGGCAAGUAUGAAAUCCGAGGCUGCCCUAUCACCUGGUGAAUCGCCCAUCACCCCGGAACAGUUGGCUGUGGUGCGAAAGCUAUUUCCUCCCAUUGGAAGCUUGACGUUCCCAAGUCAACGCAGAGCAUUGGACAGCCAAGUGACAUUCAACGAGCCUUUGAAGGCAUCAGAACGAAGUUUGCGGCCACGCACCUCUGAGCAAACCCAGCGCCUGAGCCUCUGCUUUCGCAAGCGCCGUUACCAAAAACGGAAAAGGACCCUCUCCGAGCCAUCGCGGUCUCCCGAAAGACGCCCCAAUGGUCCUUCAGCGAGUGACAUUGACUGGUUAAGUGCUGAUGGCUUUCCAAGCCCUGCCAAGAAGGGCUGCCCUGGUGGGAGCAGCCCCGUCUACUCCUUCGGUGAGCCACGACACUGUUUCCGUAAAGAGCACUUUGAGGACAGUGCUUGCCCACCACACAUGCCGACCAGUGGGAUAUGUGGGAACAGUUCAAGGACAGUGGUCUGUGCCCUGAGCAGUGGACACUCACUCCCUAGCAGUGACAGACCUAUGAACUGCCUCUAUGACAGUGCCAAACUUGUCAGUAGGGCCAUGCCAACUAGCCCCAAAGCAACAUCAUCCAGCGAAGGCAAGGAUCUGUUCUUUGGCCAGGCAAAUAGACUGGCUACACUGAGAAAAAAACAAGACAGAAAUGAAUCUGUGAUGCACGCUGCAAAAGGUCAUCAGGACCAGUAGUUGCUUGCACCAAAGAAUGUUUCCUCAGCCAUGCUGCAAAAGUCUCUUGGGCUUUGUUGUAUAGUGUACACAAUGACUCAUUAACUUGUGAGCCCACAGCUUGCCUGGUAAAACCACAAGUGCUCAGUGAUUACGUAAAGCACUGUGUCGAGGUCCAGAGAAUAUGCAGAAAUACUGGAUUUUCUGCCAUUAUGCACAAGAUGUUUUAUCAUCAGAGAAUGUUUAGCCAUUAUCAAUGCUUGCUGCAAUCUUGGCCAUGCUUGGAAAGCACUUGUCAAUACUGAUUAUUCUGCACAUCUUUGUCAAGAAGUGGAAUUGUUCCUUGGUCAGUGAAUUAGCAAAUUUACUAAUAAAGAGAUAGGGGUGUGCAACAUGAACAAGUAAGAUAAUUUAAAACAUUCAAUGUUGCAGCCAGUAAAUGCUAUUGAUGCUAGGAAUUUUAUGUGAAUUCCGAGCCUGCCACUACUGGCAGCCAGAGGACUUUGUCAACUGAGGUGAAAAGUUCGCCCUAGCUCUCGAAUUGUUAAAGUGUAAAGUGUAUAGGACUUCCGCAUCCAAUCAAGACGUGCUGUGUUGCUGCGUUAGGUUUCCGCUGUGCAGCUGAAUGAUGUGAAAAUGCUAUGACAUCUCCAAUGUGCCACAAUGUCUUCCCUGACCCUUCUGCCUGCCUUUCAUCUUGCCAUUGUCUUCUCUAAAGCUUUGUAUGUGCAAAAUAGACAUGUUAAAUAUUGCACAAGCGACAGAUGCUCUUGAGUACUAUUUUUCCUCACUUUAUUGCAAGUUAAUGAGAUCCACUGUUGCAAGCUUGCAUUAGUUGGCAAAAAAUGCAUGACUUCCACGUUGUAAAUAAUGAUUUAAUUUUUAUGAUCUCUCGCGGCAUAAUCAUGAAACAUGGGCAUAUCUUCCAGAUCCUGAAUUGCGCAGUGAUUUGUGGUUCAACUUACUUGAUGGCAACAGUUGUCAUGCAUACCACAUGAACAGGAAUAUGAAGGCAAUGAAUGGUGUACACUUUUGUCCUUGCCAGACACAGCUGUCAACAGUACCAAAACUUUGUGCGACGCGUCUCGUAGCAAUAAGUGACUUGACUUACGGGCCGUUUUGGCCGCUUGCAACACUCAUUCAAAACUAUCAAGCUGUUGUGGGUCAAAACUUGGCCUGCACAAAGAGAUUAUAUGUGAAAAGUCCUUGUCAACUCUCGACUUGCAUUCCUACAAGCAGUGCAGCGUCACGACUAGUUGGCAAGGUGUUGCGUCUACCUCCGUGAAUGCAUUGUGACCUUGAGACAAUGUGCUCAUUAUUGCGUCACUCAUUGAACGAGCACUUCCCGCGAACCUUCCUUUUCUUUCAGAGCGGGAAUGGUUUUGUACAUAAAAAGAGCCCCUUGUUUUUCUCCUUGGGCCUUACUUAACAUGCGUUCAUCGCUAAUACCACAAGGUACAAAAGUGUGUUUUCUCUUUCCCCCCUGAGAGGCUUGCAAGGAUGACAGUUUUAUCCCCGUGGCUGCAACCUCUGGCCACACUUUUUGCACAAAUAAAGAUCGUUCAUUCUUGUA